UUUUUUUUUUUUUUUUUUUUUUUUUUUUAAAUGCAGUGUUUUUAAAUGUAUGUAAAGCCUGUCCGGUCCAUCUAGGCGCCGGCGGCUGCUGGACAAGAAGAGACACGAAUUAUGCGGACAGCGCGCCGGGAAAGUUUGCCCCCGAAGCUGCGCUCUCGGCGGCUCGGACCUUCGGCUCCAUAAAAUGGCUGGCUGUAGGUCCGAGGAAGCUGCGGUACCGAGGAGGACGGGAUCCGCUCCGGCUGCGAACUGACACUUUUCCCCCCGCUUCGACUGACGCGAUUGUGAUGCUGCUGUCCCAGAAAUAGGAAUAGUUAUGCCCCAAAAUGGAUUCUCAGUUGGCCUCAGUCCUGACAAGUGGCAGCCUGGAAGUCCAAAAUGGCAGCCAGUGUGCAGAGGCACCGGGGCCCGUGACAGAGGUCGCUUUGGACCCAAAGGAUAAAAAAGUCCCACCCAGCACCAAACCGGGUAACCUCAAAACCUGCUCCGUCAAAGCUGCGGUGACCAUCAUCAGGAGCGAUGCUCUAUCAGUCAACGGGGAACAGGCAGAGGUGGGCGGGACAUCGGAGCCGGUCUCUCAGGAAACCAGCAAGAUUGCUGGGAUCAGGCAGCCAAUUAGAGUGAAGCCUGGGGUGCCGAUCCUGGGGAAGCAACCAAUAAGGAUCAGAAUUGUUGUCCCGCCGCAGUGCAAGAGGCCAAUCACGAAAUGUGCCAUCAGCCAGACCAAAGACUGUGCUGGGUCACAUUUGAGGGGACCUGCUUUGGUUUCUGCUGGAGGACUAAUCACAGAGAACAGCAGCGGUCAAAUCCACAUAUCAGCUGUUAGGAAUAAAGAAGAGUUCACUGAAGAUGCCCCAGAGGCAGAGGGAAAAGUUAAAAUCACACAAAUGGAAGGGUCAGAGACUGACCUCAUCGCAAACACUGUUGCAUUUAAAUUAUUGAGCCAUCACUGGAUUAAACAGGAACCUACAGAGACAGAAAUGGAGCAAAAUAUUCCUCUAACUGUGCAAGAAGUGGACUGCAGGUCUUUGAGGAUGUUCAGGGAGGCGGAGGAGCAGACGGAGCCGCUGGAUCUCAGUCUGCCCAAGAAAAAAGAGAGGACCUGCGGGCGCUUCCUGGAGGACCUGAGCUGCGAGAGCCCCCUGAUCAUGGAGGUGGAUGAAUUCGAGGGAGACGGAGACAGAGACAUGGUGGAGGAAGACAGCGAUGAAGGCUCUGAGGACUUUUCUACUUCUGUACUCACGUCUCUGUCUUCAGAAGACUGCGACAAUGAAAACCUCCUCCUCAUUGACGACCAGGGAAUCCCAUAUACGCUCAGUCCGGAGGGACUCAAAGUGCCGCAAAUCGAUGCUUCCAUGUUGGGGAAGCGUCGGUCGGAUCAGGUUCAGGUGGAAGAAGAAGACGGGUCAUCAAAUUUGGCAGGUUCAAGCUUUAGCCAAGGUUUAGAGAAUGCACUAAAUGCACCUUCUGCCAGUGACCAGCCACCACAAGGCAGUGAUCAGAUACAACUGAUGACAAACUCUGAUGCUCCAGCUGCUGCAGAGUUGAAUGUUAAAGCUGCUCAGGAGGCUAACCUAGCCGUGCUCCCUUCACUGUCCAGCCAAACCAUCCAGAUCCUGACCAACCCUUCAGCCAGCGCCCCUCUCCUUCUGCUGUCUUCCUCCCAGUCGCCUCAGCUCUCCUCGCUUCCCCUCUCAGUGACCUCACCGGGUGCUUCCACGCCCAUGUUGCUCCUCCUCUCCUCUGUUCCUGCCACAUCUACUGAUCCCACCUCUACCUCCACCCCCAUCGCCAUCCUCGACCCCUCCACUGGUCAGCUAUCCCAGGUUACCACAGCCUCGGCUCAAGUGUCCCUUCCUUUGCCUUCAGGUCAGGUCAACUCCCUCGGAUCGGCUCUUCCCACCUUUCCUAACCCUGUAAUCAGACUGGACGCCGGCAGCUCUCCCCUCAUCCUGUCAGGUGUUAACUGCGUGACCUCUGGCCCCGUCCUCACAUCCUUUGCUGUCCCCACGCCCACCGUGAGUCAGCAGGACGGCCAUCUUAUCCAAACUCAGAUCUGCUACUCUCAAUCAAACCCAGGAACUGAAGCCAUAUCUGAUGAAGAAGUCACCAGUGAAAACAACAAGCCAUCAACGUUUGGGGCUCCUCCUGCACAGUCGGAGUCUCCGACAUGUGACCCCUCCGCUACGGAGGCAGAGGCCCGGUCUCCGGCCUCUGAAUCCAAGUUUGACUCUUCUGAUCUCCACUCAGAACAUCUUCCUCUGGAUGACCACCUUUACUUCUCCAACAGCACAGCUCCUCCCCCUCAAUCUCCUUCCCCUCCCAUCGGACCCCUUCUCCCGUCGGGCAAACUCGACUCCCUCGACGCCCUCGACCCCCUCUCUCCGGCGGAGUCUCCCACCAACCUGGGUUCUCGCAGGGUGCUGUGUUGCCAGCUCUGCCCGCGGAUCUUCUUCUACCUCUCCGACCUGGAGCGGCACGCCAUCACACACUCUCAGAAGAAGCCUCAUGUUUGCCAGCAGUGCGGCAAAGCCUUCAAGCGCUCCAGCCAUCUGCAGAGACACAAGCACAUCCACACGGGCCAGAGGAACUUUGUGUGUCCCAUCUGCUCCAAACGUUUCAGGGAGGCUGGCGAGCUGCAGCGCCACCAGCGGGUGCACACCGGAGAGAAACCCUACCAGUGCCAGCUUUGCCACACUCGCUUUGCGGAGCGCAACACCCUGCGACGGCACACCAAACGCAAGCACCCGUAUCACCAGGUGGCGGUGGAAAUGCUGAACGAGAGAAAAGACAGAGGAGACGGAGUGGGAGGCGCUGGCAGAGGAGGGAGGCAGGAGGAAGAGGAGAGUGCGGAGUGGUACAGCUCUGCUGUAUCCACCCUGGAUAACUCUGAGUCUGAGGAGGAUGCUGCAAAUUGAAGGGAAGAGACACUCGUCAUCACUUUGGGUCUAAACCUCGAUUUUUAAAGAAGAGAGCACUUUCAACAUGUAUUCCAGUUUUAGAUAUAAAAGGUAUUAAUGUGCAUUAAUCCCAUUCCAAUUGAUGGGCCAAAAUCAAACACAGGAAGACAUUACUUUAAUUUAUUGCUUUUCAGAUAAAGGGAAUACUCAUAUGAGUCUAAAGGUUAUUUAAAAUAUCAAAAUGAAAUGAUGCGUUUUCAUGCAAUCUGAUAAAUCCCUAAAGUGCUCAGAAAAGAAAGAUUAUUUAGUUUAAGCAGCUCCCUGGGAGCCAUGAGAAAAAAAUGUUUCUUUUGUGUUACCUCGCAAUAAUGUGCUGAUCAGUUCAUGCAGGAUAAUUGAAUACUGAAAGGCUUCCUUACGGUGGCCAUUUCUGCUAUAAUAUAAAGUUUUCGUAAGGUUUCUCCAUGUAUCUUAGUAUCUCGUUUCUGAGAUAUCUGAAGUUUGAUAUCUUUUUCUUUAGGAUAGAAAUGCACCACAAUCAUAUGUGCAACAGCAAAACAGGCCAAACAUGAACUUUCCAUCUCCCUGCUAAGAUGUAAACAAAUUUUCCGUAAGAAGUGAAGAAAGAAAAACUGCGUCUAAACUAUUUGGACCAUUCCUGAGUUAUUUUCACUGGGUACUAAAGUCAUAUCUGACCAUUUUGAUUGUCUUUUUGUGUUACACAGACAUAAACAUGCAGUGAGUAAAUCGACUUUCAAUCUGUUUUUGCACCAAAGAGUUAAGAGUAUAUAAACACGUUUUCACUGAGUCUCUUUAAAUGUGUCUGUAUUUGAAAUUUUAAAUUGACAUCUGCGACUGUAUACGAAAUAGACCAGCCAACGCAAAACUUAUUGCGACGUAACGCAAAAGGGGAAAAAAAAAGUUCUCCAUGUCCCCUAGGGGGCGCCGUAGAUCAUGCUUUAGUUGUACAUAGAAAGAGAAGUAUUUGUAAAAACUGCACUCCUGCACUAUCUCAUCUGAAAGAUGUAAUCUUACCUACCGUCUGAGACACUGUGAGUUGUUUGCACUUGUUUGAUUUAAAUUCAGAAAUCUGUUUUUUCUUCUUUUAUUUAGGUGACUGUUCUGAUUUCAUCCAUAUUCAGUAAGAGUCUGACCAAAUGUUUUUGGGAUAUUCUAACACUACAUUCAGAUUUCUUUUCCAGAAGUGAUUUAUGCUAAUUUAUUGGAAUAAAGUAUUUGCAAC